AUGCUCGUGCGGCCGCGGCGCGUGCGGUUCGUGCACUCGAGUGCGGCGCCGUUGGCGGCGUACGUAGGAGCGCGCGAGAGUACCCGCGCGGCAUCGUACGGAACCUAUGACCAGAGCGGGUCGAACAUGCAGCUCGAUCCGCGCGGCGUCGACUACGGCCUGUUUGAGCCGCCGUCGGACGAGUACGUAGCGACCCGAGCGAAUGCGCUGCGCGUGGACACGACCCUCUCGCCGCAGAUUGCGCUGCUGCAGCGGCUGCUGCGUGAGAAGGAGUGGGAGGAUGCGCGGCGCUCGCUCGAGCAGCUGCAGACGCUGCACACGCCGCUCGACGUGCCGCUCGUCGAGUACUUGCAUGCCGCACAGUACUUUGCGGCGACGCGCGAGCCGGAAGCCGCGCUGCAGUGGCUUAUGCUCGCUCCGCAUGCCUCCAAGCUGGAGGCGAAUGCGCGCAAAGGACGCUGGGCGUACGACCAGGCCGUGCACUGGCUCUGCGAGAGCGACGCAUCGCACCAGCGCCAAGCAUGCAUCCUCGCCGCCGCGGGGGGAUACCGGUCCGCACUCACGACCGGCAUGACGCAUCUCUACCGCACUGGGCAGUGCGGUGAUGCCGCCGAGUUUUGGGAGCGCGUCGCCGCAUCCUAUGUGCCGGUGACGCCUGCGCAAAAGGAGGCGCACCUCGCGCGCUUGUACAAUCGCGUCGUGCGCGCCAUGGCGCGAGGGGGUUCUAUAGACGCCGCGCGCGAGUGGGCGGCGUCGAGCGCGUACACGCUCGACGCCGCGUCACACGCGCUCUUGGAACCGGCGCCUGCGGCGCCCAAAGGCCGCUCCACGGAGCAGGCGGCGCUCGACGUGCGCCUCAAGGAUGCGGUCGCUGCCGAGGACCUCGCGCAUGCGCGGCACCUCCUUCUGCGCGCGCAAACCGCGCCGGGCGUCGAGGCCCUCGCCAUCUUUCUCGCGGCCGCCGGGCGGCACACAGCGAUCGACGUGCCCCGCGACGCAAAGCAGCGCGGCACGCUGUCUACCGGCCAGUUUCUGCGCCCGGUCCGCCGCGCAAUCCAGGCACGCGAGCGUGCGCUAUGGGACACGGCGCUGCUGCGUGCGCGUGCACGCGAGCACGACUGGCACGGCGCGCUGCGCGUCUUCCAGCGGCGCUUCCAGCCGGUGAGCGGCCUGGACGCUGCGCUGCUGCAGGCGGCCGAGCGCAUUCCUCAUACCCCCCAAAACGGCUCGCACGCCGCGUCGUCGCUUGCAAACAGCGACGGGCGCCGCGCCGAGCACCGCAGUAUCAAACUGCGGCACCUCGCGACGCCGUACACCAUCGCGCUCGUCCUGCGUGCGCUGGUGGCGUGCUGCGAAAAAGACACGGCGCUCGUCCAGCGUCUGUACACGCACUGCGUACGGCACCUCGCGCCGCAGCACCUGUCUGCGCGCGUCUUUGAGGCGCUGAUCCCCGCACUGAGUGCCGCCGACCCUGCGGCGUUUGUGGCGCCGAGCGGCGGCUUUUGGACCGUGCUGCGCGACAUGCGCGCGGCGCACGUCACGCCCCGCGCGACGACCUGGACGCUGCUGCUGCAGGCGCUUGCGCGCGACGGCUCGCAUUCCAGCUGGCAGCUCCUCGUGUCGCUCCUGCAGCGCAUGGGCGGCGAGGCGUCCGAGCUGCCCGCGCACCUCGACCUGCCGCGCUCGACGCCCGGCGUGUAUGCCGGCGUGCUGCAUGUGCUGCCCCGCGACGCGACCGGCACGGCGCGGGCGCGGCAGCUGCGCAAUCUCGUGCGUGCGGCAGCGGACAAAGGCCUCGAGACCGACUAUGGGCCGUUGCAAGAACAAUUAAAGCAGCUUGAAAAGUAA